ACCUCUUUCCAAUUUUCCACUUCAAUGUUGCUUUGAAGAAGAAGUCGACAAAUAUUUUUAUACAUCUGUUUGAUAAAAAGAUGGUUCUUUAGCAGUUCUGCUUGAAAUAACACUUUCAGAGCAAUAGCUCAUCUGUCUUUCCAUGCUCAGUUUAUUCCUCUGAGCUUCUAACUUGCUCAUGCUGAUAAAUAUGCAUGAGCGUAGAAAAGUCUUGAACGUGCAGUUCGUGAAUUCUCUUUCUAUCCAUGUAUCACCUUGUUGACACAGGGAGCAAUAAGAGGGACAUAGUGUUUCUCCUUGAUGGGUCGGAUGACUCCAGAAAUGGACUACCAGCUAUUCGAGAGUUCAUAAGAAGAAUGGUAGAAGAGCUGGACAUUGAAGAAGAUAAGGUUCGAGUGGCCGUUGUACAGUAUAGUGAUGACACCACAGUUUACUUUAACUUAAAAACUCACAGAUCCAAAAAGGCUAUCAUCUAUGCUGUAAGAAGUCUUCGUCAUAAAGGAGGAAGACCUCGGAACACUGGAGCUGCUCUACAGUUUGUGCGAGACCAUGUUUUCACAGCUUCAUCUGGGAGUAGACGCCUGGAGGGAGUCCCUCAGAUUCUAUUUUUACUGACUGGUGGCAAAUCCAAUGAUGAUGUUUCAGGAGCUGCGUUGAACCUAAAACAAAUCGGUGUUCUGUCUUUUGCCAUUGGAAUGAAAAACACUAAACAGGAGGAGCUUCAAAAAAUUUCCUUCUCCUCCAGAUUUAUUUUCAACCUUCCUGUCUUUGGUGAACUUUUGUCCAUUCAGCCAGAGAUAGCUGCAUUUGUCCAGGCAGAAAUACAAAUUGAGCCUCUCACUGUUGUAGUUGAAUUAGAAGAGUCCUCUCAAAGAGACAUAGUGUUUCUAUUGGAUGGGUCAGAUGACACACGGAGUGGCUUCCCAGCAAUGAAAAGUUUUGUCCAAAGAGUGAUAGAAACACUCAGUAUUGGUGAGAACAAAGACCGUGUUUCUGUGGUCCAGUAUAGCAGAGAUUCACAGACACAUUUCAGUUUGAACACCUACACAGAAAAACAAGAUGUUCUUGCUGCUGUCCAGCUGUUGAACCAUAAAGGAGGCAGACCCCUCAACACUGGGGCAGCUCUUGACUAUGCAAGGAAUAGUGCUUUUGCUGAAUCGUCUGGGAGUCGGCAUCAAGAAGGUGUCCCUCAGAUACUGAUUCUGUUGAGUGGGGGAAGAUCUCAAGAUGAUGUUGCAAGUGCCGCUGCAGCUCUAAAACAGGACAAAGUUGUUUCAUUCUGUGUAGGUACAAGAAAUGCAGACAUACUCGAGCACCAAAUGAUUGCACAUAAUCCUUCUUAUGCUUUCUCCGUGCUUCGGUUUGAUGAUAUUGGGAGCAUCCAUCAACAACUUGUGUCAUUUGUGAAAAGGGUGCCUCGACAGCAGCCAAGACUAAAAUCGCAGAAUGGUCUAGUUUCUGCAGAUCAAACUGAAUCCAUUCACUGUGACAUUGUAUUUUUACUGGAUUCCUCGGAUGAAAUGCAAAAUGACUUUAAGGCAAUGCUUGACUUUGUUGAGAGAAUGGUGGAGAAACUCAAUGUGGAUGAGAACAAAGAUCAUGUUUCUGUGGUGCAGUACAGCAGAGAACCUUCUGUUGAAUUUUUUCUGAACACAUAUAAAACACAGCAGAAUGUUGCCGGCAAUGUGCGAAUUCUGAGGCAUAAAGGAGGCAGACCCCGCAAUACUGGUGCAGCCCUCCAGUACAUCAAGGACAAUGUUUUUAUAGCCUCUUCUGGAAGUAGGUACCAACAGGGUGUCCCUCAGAUUUUGGUUCUCUUAACUGCCGGACGGUCCAGUGAUGAUGUCAGAAAUGCCUUAGAAAACUUGAAAGAAAUUGGUGUGAUGAUAUUUGUGGUGGGAACAAGGAAUGCAGAUAUCCUUGAGAUUCAGUCUAUUUCACAGGAAGCCAGUCAUGCUUUCUUUGCAGCAGACUCCAGUGAUCUGUCAGGCAUUGAACAACAAAUAUUUUCUGCGAUCAAGAACAGUGAAACCCCUGCUAUCAAACCAGUAUCAUAUGAUCCCAACAGAAGAGACAUUGUUUUUUUGCUUGAUGGUUCUGAUGAUUCUCAGCGAAGAUUCACAGAUAUUAAAGACUUUGUGCAGAGAAUAGUGGUGGACCUAAACAUUGAUGCAAACAAAGAUCGCGUGGCUGUGAUCCAGUACAGCAACACAGCAGAGAUUAACUUUAACUUGAGACAUUACUCAACAGAGGAUGAUGUUCUUGAUGCAGUAAGAGGCCUAAGUCACAAAGGAGGUCAUCCUCACAACAUUGGAGCGGCUCUCCAGUAUGUGAUGGACCAUGUAUAUACUUCUGACUCAGGAAGUAGACUCCUUGAGGGAGUUCCACAGAUACUCAUACUACUGAGUGGUGGAAGAUCUGGAGAUGACAUCAGAACCCCAGUCAGAAUGCUUAAAGAGAUUGGUGUUAUUUCAAUUGCAAUUGGAACAACUGAUGCUGACACCCUAGAGCUACAGACAAUAUCUCAUGAACCCAAUUAUGCGCUCUCUAUUAAUGAUUAUGAGGAGCUUCCUACUGCUAAGCAAGAUGUGUUUUCAUUGUUAAGAGAGGCUUCCCACCAUGUAGAGCAAACUGCUCCCACAAAGGGUUUUGGUAAGAUGUAAUGUUUUUACCUUUUAACUAAAUAAAUAAUAUAAAGAGAAGAGGGGGAUGGGGUCAAAAUAAACUGAGAUGACUUCUAUUUAGGCCCAUGACUAAAUCAUAGGGGACUGUCACUGUAGCUGCUAACCUGUUACCUACAGAAAAUCACAUUGCCUUUGUUUCUACGUGUUUUGUCUUUGUUGCAGAUUCUAAGAAACAUGAUGUAGUAUUUCUUAUUGAUGGAUCAUAUGACUCACGAAAUGGCUUUGAAGAGAUACGAGGCUUUGUUGAAAAAAUUGUUGAAAGUUUAAAUCUA